AUGCAGCCUUUAGCAUCAUCCUCCGGAUCCAAAACGAGGCGGUUCAUCCCCAUUGCCCCUGCCCUUCCCAACGGUUUACGAGAUGUCCUUUCCCAAUCAUCGAUGUCAUUACCUGCUGAUGCUCGGCAGAGAGUGGACUCGCUGCUAAAUCCUUGCACUUGCAAGAGUGUUUGGAAGUGCAAAUGCGGGCAGACUACAGCCUCCGGGCCAUCUGUUCCUGAAAGCCCAGCUUCCGAAUCAGUCGGUGGUCUCUCAACGCUCACCCAAGCUGCUGCAAUGUGUUGCGCCUCCUCUCCGGCCGCUACCUCUGUUUCGCGUUUGGCGCAAUCCCUUCCCGCGAAGAAAUCCAUCAGCAGACCCCGCCCACGCCCCGAAAGUCCGCACUUCCCAUCCAGCAAACGACAGAAGCACGAUGUAACGUACUCCGUUCCCUCGCAAGGACCGGACCUACCUCCGAUCCUCUAUGGACAAGCCUCGCCGCCCUCGUCCUCGAUUUCAACUCCGAUGCCCGAAUUUACAUUCAUGCCUCCAAUGAGCCAAAUCACCUCUCUUGCUGGUUCUGGGUGCACUUGUGGCGUUGAAUGUGCCUGCCCGGGGUGUGUCGAGCAUCGCGGGCUGGGCCACACCAGUCACGACCACAGAGAUUGCGCAGAAGGAUGCGGCACUUGCAUUGACCGUACUCUCGGGAUUGCGCUGCCUUCCACCAGCUCCUCGCAAGAGACGAGCACGAGCUUCCUUGAUCGCUUCUUUGCCAGAGCGGCAGCCCUUCCGCCCCCUCCAGCCCAUCGCAAAAUGUCCUCAAUCCACCUGGACCCCAUGAAUACGACCGUUUACACCAAUGCCUUAACCUUCCCAAGCUGGAGUGCUGCGGUGACACCCAGCCGAAGGGGCAGCGAUCCCAAUGGAAACUACACCUCCAGCUCCAGUGUUACGAAGUUGCUGUGCUGGUAA